AUGUCUGACCCGCCGCCGCCUUGGGCGGUAGCAGCGCCCGCCGCCAUUACCCUUCACAUCGGGAGCGACGCGGCCGGGCCUGGCUGGGCCGCGUCCCCGCUUGCGGGGCGGGGGGGUGGCGCACGCCGCUGGGCGGCCUCCCGGGCCCGGCGGGGGGGCGGUGUCGGGAGCGGCCCCCUCAUCUCUCUUCGCCCUUGCUCCGCAGGGAAGUGCCGAGGACUCCGCACCGCCCGGAAGCUCCGCAGCCACCGCCGCGACCAGAAGUGGCACGACAAGCAGUACAAGAAGGCCCACCUGGGCACAGCGCUGAAGGCCAACCCCUUCGGCGGCGCCUCCCACGCCAAAGGGAUCGUCCUGGAGAAAGUUGGAGUAGAAGCUAAACAGCCCAACUCUGCCAUCAGGAAAUGUGUUAGAGUCCAGCUGAUUAAGAAUGGCAAAAAAAUAACAGCUUUUGUUCCCAACGAUGGCUGCCUGAACUUCAUUGAGGAAAACGAUGAAGUUCUGGUUGCUGGUUUCGGUCGGAAGGGUCACGCUGUUGGUGACAUUCCUGGAGUUCGCUUCAAGGUGGUCAAAGUAGCCAAUGUUUCUCUGUUGGCUUUGUACAAGGGCAAGAAGGAGAGACCAAGAUCAUAAAAUUAGAUUAAUUUGCCAAGAAUAUCAAUAAAAUUUUUGAUUGGAAAAACCUC